AUGCGAAUCCAAACUGUUAGUUUUAUAGUAGACAUGACACACAUUCAAGCUCUUGUUUUGCAACGUAGAGGAAGUUUGAUGGAGCCAAUAGAUCCAAGGUUGGGCUAUAACUUUAGCAAGGAAGGGGCAAUGAGAAUGAUUAAAACAGCUAUAUUAUGCACUAAUCCGUUGCUGGCACUUAGGCCUAACAUGUCUGCCGUAGUGAGCAUGCUUGAAGGUCAUGUCACUGUUCAGGAACUAAACAUGGGUCCAAGUAUUUAUAGUGAUGAAUUGAAGUUCAAAGCCCUCAGAGACAAGUAUGAAGAGUUGGAACUCCAGAACUGCGGUGAAAUUGAGAUCCUGAUCCCUUCAGCACACACAAUACACAAUGGUUCUUCCUCCACCACCGCCCAAGAUCUCUACCCGAUUAGUCUUGGUUCUUCAUACUGA